GGCGGAACCUUUGUUCGCUUCCCUGUUUCCGGGGGCACGCUUUCAUAACUUAAUUUUAACAGCCCGUCCAGCGGUGGUGACUGCGUCAGGACGCGUGGAUGGAUUCAGGCAUCGAGACUCUUUACAGUCUGCUUUGUUUCAGCUAAGAGGCGGAAAUGGUCUCCACGGUCCACAACACCGACGUGAAGCAGAAAGACGCUGGUUGUGCACUGGUCGUCGCGGUAACGGCGCGCGCGGUGUUCGAUGCUGGAACAGGUGACGUGUACGGAAUGGGCGUGGCUUUCCCCUUGCUGCAGUCGCUGCAGAGAGUGAACGAACGUCUGCUGGAGAAGAAUCCAGCUGAGAAGCUGCUGUUUGAUGUCGUCCUGAUCGCCACCGACAGCCAGCAGCAGAGCUCCCGCAUCAUCAGCAGCACCAGCCACUACGGUCUCGAAGUGGGCCGGUUCUGCUUUUCCAGCCGGGAGGAUUUGGUCGAGACUUUAUUGGUAAACAAGGUGCAUCUCUUCCUCUCGACGGACCGAGAGGAGGCGCUGCAGGCGUCACACAAAGGUGUCCCCUCGGCGCUGCUCGGUCGGCAGGAAGCUCCGUCAGAGCCGCUCAGAGUGAUGUUGUGCGGGGACGCCGUCGUCCGGCCCGACUCCGACCCGGCGCCGGCGAGCCGACGGGCCGCUCAGAGCUUCUCGGCGCGGCUCGGCGAGAUGCGGGGCCGGUUCGGCGCGGCGGGCAGCCCCCUCAGCAUCGUCCUGGUGACGUCCAGCGGCGGCAGCGAGAGCUGCGGCGUGGCCCUGCAGGCGCUCAGGUCCCGCGGCCUCGCCGUGGACGAAGCGUACUGUCUGGCCGGGGCCCCGCGGGGCCCCAUCCUGUCGCUGCUGCGACCUCACUUCCUGCUCGGCGACGGCGUCAUCGACCUGGAGGACUGAUGACAUCAUGGGGGGAGGGAGGGGGGGGGGGUGAUUUCAUAUGACCUCACUAAAGCUCCACUGUGUCUUUGAAACAAGUUGCCAAAAUGUUCACGAAUGAACUGAAGUUCAGGAAUGGUUUCAGCUCAUUGAGCCAAUCAGUGACAACUGAUGUAAAGCUAAGCCCCGCCCACCACAAGCUUAGACACUGGCACAGUUUUCAGCUCUCUUUUUCGGACGUUAUCGUUAACCUGGGUGAUUUAAAACAGUUUUGCACAGUAAUUAACUGUAUUAUUUCUUUUUAAAUCUGUCAUUGAUGAGAAAUGCUACUAAAUUGUUGGACUUUUGAUUCUCCAGUUUGUUAAUGUGGAAACGUUCUGUUACUUUGCCUGUUGGGUGUUAGAGCUGCCAAAGUCCUGGAAUGGGACACUUGUAUUAAAAUGUACAAAUCUC